AUGGAGAACUACCAGAAGCUGGAGAAGAUUGGUGAAGGCACCUACGGUGUCGUCUACAAGGCUCGCGACCUUGCCAACGGCGGUCGCAUUGUCGCACUGAAGAAGAUUCGCCUCGAGGCCGAGGAUGAGGGUGUCCCGAGUACAGCUAUCCGUGAGAUCUCCCUGCUCAAGGAAAUGCGCGACCCCAAUGUUGUCAAGCUGUUCAACAUCGUCCACGCCGACGGCCACAAGCUGUACCUCGUCAUGGAGUUCCUCGAUCUUGACCUGAAGAAGUACAUGGAGGCACUUCCCGUCGCCGAUGGUGGACGAGGCAAGGCCUUGCCUGAGGGUUCCGGCCCCGAGCUCGGUCGCCUGGGUCUUGGUGAUUCCAUGGUCAAGAAGUUCAUGAGCCAACUCUGCGAUGGAGUCAAAUACUGCCACUCCCACCGAGUCCUGCAUCGCGACCUCAAGCCCCAGAACCUGCUCAUCGACCGAGACGGUAACCUGAAGCUUGCGGACUUUGGCUUGGCGCGCGCGUUUGGUGUUCCCCUCCGGACCUACACGCACGAGGUUGUGACCUUGUGGUACCGUGCGCCCGAGAUUCUGCUCGGUGGUCGCACAUACUCAACCGGUGUGGAUAUGUGGUCGGUGGGAUGCAUCUUUGCCGAGAUGUGCACGCGAAAGCCCUUGUUCCCCGGUGACUCGGAGAUCGACCAGAUCUUCAAGACAUUCCGGCUGCUAGGAACACCGGAUGACGAGGUCUGGGAGGGUGUCACAUCCUUCCCCGAUUACAAGAAGUCCUUCCCGAAGUGGGUGCGCGAUCCGACGAAACCCUUGUGCUCCAACCUCGACGAGGAGGGCCUGGACCUCUUGGAGAAAACCCUGAACUAUGAUCCUGCUCACCGGAUUUCUGCGAAGGAGGCCUGCACACACCCAUACUUGAAACCACGAGAGUAG